AUGGAGAAUCAUCCGCCAAUCCUAGCCAAGAAUACUGGAUUUGCCCCAAGGAAACAGAGCAACUGGGUGUAUCGGUUAACUGAAACAGAGGUGGAGCAGAUCCAGCCAUUGCUGAGUCAAAUCCAAGCGCUGAAGGAUACCGGGUUGACUGGAGGAGUGUGUCAUGGGCGUGAAUGGAACGACUGCCCACCGCCACCACUAGUCGGCGAAGACAAGGGCGUAAAUCUGGAUAAACCCAUGAUGGACGAUGAAGUCCGGGAUACAGAGGACCCCCUUGGAGGCAUUGACUCAUCUGACACAGAGUCUAGUGAUGCAGAUGCCGCUGAGGACGAGGAAGAGGCGGAGCAAACACCACCGCAAGAGGCCGAGGAAGAGGGUACCGCUGCUCCUCUUGUGGAGAAAAGCAACCACUGGAGUGCCACCAACCCUAGCAGAGGAAGCUGCUACGGUCACCUUGGUGAAACCGAUCGCUGUCCUUGUGGAGCAUCAUCUGCCGAUGCUAUAAAGAUGCCUUUGGCUGUCCUAAUGGAAGAGCCGUGUGUGGUGUCUCUAGAAGAGGAAGCCACUGCUUCGGUGGAGGAGCCUACCGGUGGUGAGGACACUAUCCAUGGAGCAGGGGAGAUUGAAGCGACUCCACUGCUUGCGGCAAACUUUGGACCAGGUGCAGAACUUGGAGCUGUUUCAACUAAAGAGGUCCAUGAUGGUAGCCAGCCAUUAAGCAGCCAAGUGUUGGAGCAGCUAUUGCCAGCUGCUCAAGACAAGAGGAGGGCCAAGUCAUGGCAACAGUUGGACAACAAGCUCCUGCGACUACUUCCCUAUCGAGACAAGCAGUCGGCCUGGAUUAAAGAGGUAUGGUCAAAGGUGCGCGCCCAGGAAGCCACCCUUGAUUCGCUCCUUGAGGCGACUGACCAAGCCAAAAGGAUCCAUCAACAGCUCUUUGUCCGCCUUGCGGAAGCUGAGUCAAAGCAUGCCAUGGAGAUGAAGGAAUUAACGGGCAAGCUGACCACAGCGAGGGCGGAGCACAAACUGGCUACCCAGAUCUUGGGUAGUCGGAUAGGCGAGCUAGAGGCUGAUAUCCAAAGAGUAGUCGGUGAGCAUGAUGCUGGACUCGAACGUGAGGCUGAAGUCCGUCAGAAGGCGGAAAAAGCCAAGGAAUCCUCCAAGAAUAAAAAGAAAACCUUGGAGAAGAAACUCAAAGGCAACUUGCAGCUGCUCCUAGCUUUGGUACCCAACUGUGUUGUUAACCUUCACUUGUUCGUGUGGUUACUCGUUGUUUUCAUUCCGACUUGUUUUGUUUCCGCGGAAGCCGAACUCUUGACAGAACAGAAUGCUCAAAGUGCUCAUGAUGGGAAGAGAGUCUUCAAUGAUAACAGGACGAGCUUCAAGAGGUACAUGAUCAAGCUCAAUCUUUAUUGUAUGAGGCUGAACGCUUGCGCAAGAAUGCUGAUCGAGACGUUGUGCAGGGGCUCAAAACCGUGA